CUCCCUCGUCCUCCCGCUAUAAGGGGGCAGGUCGGGCCGGACCGAACCGCAGACCCCACUGAGGAGCAGCCCGGUGACCAUGGAGCCGCUGAGCGCAGCCAACGCCCUCUUCGCGCUGGACCUGUUCCGCGCCCUGAGCCAGGACGACCCCGCCGCCAACAUCUUCUUCUCCCCCUUCAGCGUCUCCUCGGCGCUGGCCAUGGUCUUCCUGGGCACGCGGGGCAGCACCGAGGCGCAGCUGGCCAAGACCCUUCAUUUCGACACGGUGGAGGAGAUUCACGCAAGAUUCCAGAGCCUGAACGCCGAUAUCAACAAACGUGGCGCUUCCUACAUUCUGAAACUCGCCAACAGGCUGUAUGGCGAGAAAACCUACGACUUCCUCCCCGAGUUCUUAACUUCGACUCAAAAAAUGUACAGUGCUGAACUGGCCGGUGUGGACUUCCAGCACGCAGCUGAAGAUGCAAGGAAGGAGAUCAAUGCGUGGGUCAAAGAGCAGACAGAAGGGAAAAUCCCAGAACUGUUGGCCGCAGGGGUGGUUGACAGCAUGACCAAGCUGGUGCUGGUGAACGCCAUCUACUUCAAAGGGAAGUGGCAGGAGGAAUUCUCAAAGCAGUCCACCACGGAAGUCCCUUUCAGGCUGAAUAAGAAAGACACCAAAACUGUGAACAUGAUGUUUCAGAAGAACAAGUUCCCCCUGGGCUACAUCGAGGCCCUGAAGUGCCGCGUGCUGGAACUUCCCUACCAGGGCGAGGAGCUCAGCAUGGUCAUCCUGCUGCCCGAUGACAUUGAAGACGCUUCCACGGGCCUGAAGAAGAUCGAGGAGCAGCUGACUUUGGAGAACCUGACGGAGUGGACCCGGCCCGAGAACAUGCCCGUUGUGAAAGUCAACGUGCACCUGCCCAAGUUCAAGCUGGAGGAGAGCUACACCCUCAACGAGGCCCUGGCCCGCCUGGGGCUGCGUGAUCUCUUCGACAGCAGCAGGGCUGACCUGUCGGGCAUUGGGGGGGCCCGCGACCUUUUCAUUUCCAAAGUGGUGCACAAGUCCUUCGUGGAAGUCAACGAGGAGGGCACUGAGGCGGCGGCGGCCACGGCAGGCAUGGUUAUGCUCUGCAUGGCGGUGCAGGAGGAAUUCUUUGUCUGUGACCACCCCUUCAUCUUCCUGAUCCGUCACAAGGCCUCUGGCACCAUCCUGUUCCUGGGCAGAUUCUCCGCCCCCUAGAGAGGGGACGGCACAGGUCAAGCACCAGCCUG